CAACUUCUACUUUAUAUCCAACAUGUCUUGCCGUCAUCGAGCACUCUCCUUACCAGUCUGCCUGCUGCUGCUGCUGCUGGUGUCCUGCACACAGGCUGAACUCCGACGUCGCGCUUUUACUGCCGCAACUGGUGGCAGCUCCGCGGACAAGUUUAGUUCGCGCGUGGCAGGCGGCCAAGUGUCCGAUGUGAAGGCGGCACCGUAUCAGGUUUCGCUGCAGAAUUCUUACGGCAACCACUUCUGUGGCGGUGUCAUCAUUCACGAUCAGUAUGUGGUCACCGCAGCCAGCUGCUUGGCCGGACUGCGCAAGAGCAACGUCAAAGUGGUGACCACCACGUACAACGAUUGGGGCCUGGAUGGCUGGGAGUAUGCCGUGGAGGAGAUCAUUCCACACUGCCACUUUGAUCAGCCGCUGUACCACAAUGACAUUGCCCUGAUCAAGACAAAAACGCUCUUCCUUUACGAUGAGGUGACACAGAACAUAACCAUUGCCCCGCUGGAGGAUCUUGUGGAGGGCGAAAAGCUGACGAUGUACGGCUGGGGCAGCACCUCGGCUGGCGGUGACUUCGAGUGGGAGCUGCGACAGCUCGAUCUGACCUAUGUGCCCCCAUCGAAGUGCAAUGCCACCUAUGGCGGCACUGAGGAUCUGGAUCUGGGGCAUCUGUGUGCCGUCGGCCGGUUGGGCGCUGGUGCCUGUCACGGUGAUGCCGGUGGACCGCUGGUCGAUAGCCAGGGACGCCUCGUGGGCGUCGGCAACUGGGGCGUGCCCUGUGGUCUUGGCUAUCCGGAUGUGUAUGGCUCUGUGGCCUACUAUCUGGAUUGGAUCAACUUGAUGAUGACAGACGCGGGCACCGCCUGCUAAAGUCACCCCACGGGGCCAAAGUUGGGUUCAAGAGCCACACAGAACAAAAAUAGCAAACGCCAUAUACAAGCGGCGUUUGCGAAUCGAUCAAAGUAGCCAGUAAACGUUUAUCACACCAAAUAUCGUAGUCAUAAAAUAAUAAAUUAUGAACAAAUAAAA